UUCAUGGCCAGCCUGAUGACGGCUGAGACCUGCGCCAAGCUGGAGCCCGAGGAUGCCGAUGAGACGGUAGACGUGACAGGUGGUGAGCCGGAGUGUGCGGCCAGCGAGUACCAGGUGGCACCUUACCCAGCAGCCAGCCCUGAAAAUGUCUACGAGACCUCAGCGCGUCUCCUCUUCAUGGCUGUGAAAUGGGCCAAGAACUUGCCAGUCUUCUCCAACCUGCCCUUCCGUGACCAGGUGAUUCUGCUGGAGGAAGCGUGGAGUGAGCUGUUCCUGCUCUGUGCCAUCCAGUGGUCCAUGCCCCUGGAGAGCUGCCCGCUGCUGGCUGUCCCCGAGCCAGCCCCUGGCAAGCUGCUGCCAGCCACCCUGGAUGUCCGGGUGCUGCAGGAGACCCUCGGCCGCUUCAAGGCAUUGGCUGUUGACCCCACUGAAUUCGCCUGCAUGAAGGCUGUGGUGCUCUUCAAACCAGAGACCCGUGGCCUGAAGGAUCCUGAGCAGGUGGAGAACCUGCAGGACCAGUCUCAGGUGAUGCUGGGCCAGCACAAUCGUUCUCACUACCCCGGGCAACCCGUCAGGUUCGGGAAGCUUCUCCUGCUCCUCCCGGCACUGCGCUUCAUCUCCUCUGAGCGCGUGGAGCUGCUCUUCUUCCGCCGGACCAUCGGCAACACCCCCAUGGAGAAGCUGCUGUGUGACAUGUUCAAGAACUGA